AUGCGGACGGUUACGCUAACACUACGCUUUCACUACCGCGUAGCACAUGAUGAUACUGCAGCAGGUUUACGCGCAGCAGACCGUGAUACAACUGUAUGCUGUGUGUGGAAUGCUGCUGGCCAGUGGACAGCGGUUGAAACGGCAUGUCAGUGCACAGAGGGUGCAAAAGCAGCGGCGAUAAGACGCUGGCGAUCCAAGCUUGAUGAGACAUAUGACUUGCAGUAUCGACAAUUGAUGGUAGACAGCUGCGAAGGAUGUAGUUCACCCGACCGUGGACUUGGGUGUCAGGAUACAACAUUGGCGAAACAAAGACACUCGCCUUGCGCUGGCAAAACAGGUUGCGUUUGGAAACGAACUGCCGACGAAAGUGCUGGACCCUGCAUCCCGGGGAGCAUCAAACAGCAUGGGUUAGCUACUGACUACAGCACUGUCUGUGUGCCGUGUACACCUGGCCGCUGCGGUUCCAGAACGAUGUCGAUGACAUGUGCUGAUAGGGAAACCACCUCUUACAACGAAGAGCAGGUAGAAGCUUUUCACUUGGGUCGAAAUCCACUCACCUGCCCUGCAGCGCACCUGCCCUGCAGCGCACCCAAGCAUCGACACCGACAUCCGGGGAAGCCGCCACACUCCUUCUCGCCCCUCCCCUCCUCCUCCGCGCAGUUCGAUUGGGGACGGCCCGGGUCGGAUCAUUAUCAGAUCGACAGGACAGCAGCUGUGCAGCGCCCAUGCAGCGCCCAUGCAGAAUGCACCAUCGCAAUCUUGUAA